AUGCAUAUGCACAUCCUGCCCACUCAGACCAAGUACUUCCAAACAACUUACACCAAAAAGCAUCGUCUCGUUCCCGGCCUCGCGUACACACUCCAGGUCCAAUUCCGUCCCGAUGAGUGGCGCUACUUCUAUGACUGCAUUCGGAUUCAUUGCAAGGGCGAGGAGAACCUGAUCAUUCCAGUUCACGCUUACCCUGUGAUCCAUGACCUGCACAUCCCGCCGCACAUCCACCUCCCGGCCACCGAGCUGCAGCAAAGGUGUGUGAGGCCGGGACGGAGCCGGACCCCCAGGCCUCCCCCUGUCUCUUCCAGUCCACCUCUGCUGGUGCCUCUGCUGGUGCCUCUGCUGGUGCCUGUGCCGGUGCCUCUGCCGGUGCCUGUGCUGGUGCCUCUGCUGGUGCCUCUGCUGGUGCCUCUGCUGGUGCCUGUGCCGGUGCCUCUGCCGGUGCCUGUGCUGGUGCCUCUGCCGGUGCCUGUGCUGGUGCCUCUGCUGGUGCCUCUGCUGGUGCCUGUGCUGGUGCCUGUGCCGGUGCCUGUGCCUGUGCUGGUGCCUGUGCUGGUGCCGUGA